GUGUGGGCAAACCCUUGUAGGGUGCUGGAAUCUGUUGAGGUUUGCCGAGUGUCGUUGAACUUCAGCUUCAAGGUCUCAAAUGUGCACGGUUUUCGUGCCCCCUCAGAUAAUAGAAAAUAAAAUAAUUACUAAAUUGAAUAUCACAUAAUUAAAUUUUGGUGGUUGUAUGGUACCUGUUCAACACCAUGGCUCAAAUACCAACGUAUCCGUAUUAUCUGAGUCUCACAGCAAUUGGUGCGUUGUCAAUAUUUACUGUCAAAGAUUAUAUGUCUGGUGGUAAAUAUAGAGGUAAAGAAAGAAUUCCAGGUAAAACUGUUAUAGUUACAGGUGCUAAUACAGGUAUUGGAAAAGAAACGGCCUUGGAACUUGCUAAACGAGGUGCUAAGUUAAUAUUAGCAUGUCGUGAUAUGGGUCGAUGUGAAAAGGCCCGCGAUGAGAUCAUUAAUGAAUCGGCCAAUAGGAACAUUCAUUGUAGAAAACUGGAUUUGGCGUCGAUGAAAUCGAUCAGAGAAUUUGCAGAAAAAAUCAACAAAGAAGAAGCACAUCUGGAUAUCUUGAUCAAUAAUGCUGGGAUCAUGAGGUGUCCGAAAAUGUUGACAGAAGAUGGAUUUGAAAUGCAGUUAGGAGUGAAUCAUUUAGGCCAUUUUUUGUUGACUAAUUUAUUGUUAGAUAAACUGAAGGAGUCUGCACCAUCUCGUAUAAUUAACGUAUCAAGUUUAGCUCACGUCCGAGGUACCAUUAACUUUGAUGAUUUAAACAGCGAGAAGAAGUAUGAUGCUGGGGCAGCAUACGGACAAAGUAAAUUAGCCAAUAUCCUCUUUACGAAAGAAAUGGCCAGAAAAUUAAAAGGUACUGGCGUUACAGUGAAUGCAUUACAUCCUGGCGUAGUAGACACCGAAUUGAUUCGACAUAUUCCAUUGGCCAAUUCAUCCAUAUCUAAAUUCUUUUUUUUUCCUAUUUCAUACACUUUAUUUAAAACACCAAAACAGGGAGCUCAGACAACUAUACAUGUUGCCCUUGACCCCAGUAUAGAUGACAUCACAGGAAAGUAUUUCAGCGAUUGUGUAGAAAAAGAUGUUACUGCUGAAGCUGAAAAUGAAGAAAUUGCCAGAAGACUUUGGUUAGUUAGUGAGAAAUGGACACGAUUAACAUAAUCUGUGAUUUAGUACUGAAUUUUUUUUAUAUCAUUAGGUCAUUAUAUCGUUAAUUCUUGAAGACGAUAUCAGGUUCAGUAUUCUGUCAGGAAUUUAGUGAAAGCCUUUAUUGAUAACAAAGUUUUAUUUAUUUACUUUAUAAAAGUUGAUAUCAUUACAAAAUCAGGCAAAAACACAACAAACUUAGGGGAAGUCACAACAAAAUCGGGCUAAGUUAUUACAAAAUUGGUCCAAGUGCUGAUAAUUUUGUUGCAUCAUCAGUAUUAUUUUGACAUGUUUACUGGGAAGAUUUCUUUUACAACAUGUCGAUAUCAAGACAAAUUCCUCUGAAAUUACAACAAAAUCAGGCAAAGUUACAACAUAAUCUGGCUAAGUUACGACAACAUCAAGCUACACUUUGCCAAAGUUAAUUUACAACAAAACCAGACGAAGUCACAACAAAAUCAGGCUAAGCCAUUAAAAAAACUAACAAUCAUUUUGUUGUAUCAUCACCAUUAUUUUGUUGUGUGUACUGGGAGCAUUUAUUUUAUUUAUUUACUUCCUGUAAAGUAAUACAGUUUAAAUCGGCUGAACAUAUAUUGUAGUGCUGGAGUUAUGUAAAUAAAGAAUAAUUUAUUCUGAAAUAUGAUGGAUUCUAUGCAAUUAUGUAUAAUUUUAUUUUAUUUUGUAAGCUUGUACAUCCCUUGAGGUUCGACUUCCUUUAAUUUCAUUUAGUAUAAGAUUGAACUUAUAUAUGUACAUCCAUUAUGAGGUUUCUACUUUCAUUUUUUGUGUGAUUUGUGGCACAUUAUUAAUCAGGGGUGUGGUGACUGUGAGUUUGCCAGUAUAAAUACUAAUACAUCACCAAAUUUUUGAACCACACAUAUAAUUUUUGGCCCUACUGCUGACUAUCAUAAGAAUUCUUUAUUUUGCACAGAAUUAUGCUAAUAAAUGACAUUCUUGAAGAAAUUUAGAAAGGAAAAUAUACGAGUUUUCAAAAUGUCAAUCAGAAUCUUGGGAGGUACAUGAUUUCAUAUACAAAACUCUUAUCAAUGAUCUGUAUUAUCUAUGCAUUUGUUAUAGGUGCUAUAGAAUUAGUGGAAUGGUUUUUAGUAUAUAUGUAUAUUGUUUGUAUAUGACAUCAUAUAGAUUAAUAAACUUAUUUGUUAAUGAAAACAGAAA